UCUCUCUUUCUCUCUCUCUCUCUCUAUAUAUAUAUAUAUACAUAUCGUAGCUAUAACAAAGAAGAUCAAUGGGAGCUCUGGAUUACCUCUCAAACUUUUGCAUUGUCACCAGCAGCACUACUAGAAGCAAGCGCAAACCAAUGCAGACAGUUGAGAUUAAAGUCAAAAUGGAUUGUGAUGGUUGUGAAAGAAGAGUAAAGAAUGCUGUUGCCUCCAUGAAAGGUGUGAAAUCUGUAGAGGUGAACAGAAAACAAAGCAAAGUAAGUGUUAAUGGGUAUGUGGAGCCAAUAAAAGUGCUGAAAAGGAUAAAGAGAACGGGAAAGGCAGCAGAAUUUUGGCCUUACAUUCCACAGCAUCUAGUCCAUUACCCUUACAUAUCAGGCGUCUAUGACAAAAGGGCUCCCGCCGGCCACGUCAGAAAUUCCGUCCAAGCUUUUCCGGCAUCUAAUGCGGCCGAGGACAAUAUGGUCUCCCUUUUCAGCGAUGACAAUGUUAAUGCUUGUUCCAUAAUGUGAAGUUCAUCAAUAUCCUUUUUAUAUAUAUAUAUAUAUGUUAUGUUCACAAAUUAUAUUUUGUUAUUUAUGCAUGUGGAAUAUGAGUAUUAAGGUAGAUUUUUCCUCAAUUCAUUAGGGUAUCCCUCCAUUGGAUCCCAAAUACCAUUUUUAUUGUGAUGACCAGAGAUGACAUCGAUCGAUGAUUAUAUAUUAUAUUGUAUGGUCAGUCACUUAUAUAAAUAUAUAUGUAUCAUGUCGUUGUUUUAUUUGUGAACAUGAUCACUUCGAUGCAUGCAUCGAAUUUUAACAUUAAUUAAUUUUUAA